ACAAUCUAACAUUACACUUACGUGGCAGAAUGUGAACCACUUGGACACCAUGCAAAGUUGGGCAAAUUUAAAGACCCAUACGACGAUAAAACAAACAACAAAUGAAGAAUCUCUCCCAUUAUCCAAAUCCAAUCUUAGCCCUCCAUCCAUUUUCAUCAGCGGCACUCAUCCAUUUAAUAUCCCUAACCAUAUCAUAAAAAAUUUCAUAAAAUCUCCACACUUUCCCCACUCCAUUUUCACACACCACUAAAAUACAAUGGCUUCCAUUGCUAUCAAAACCUUCACCGGUCUCCGUCAAUCCUCGCCGGAAAACAACACCAUUACUCUCUCUAAACCCCUCCUUUCCGGCCAACCCCACCGUAGGUUACGUAUCAAUGCUUCAAAAUCCAGCCCAAGAGUCACCGGCCGCAACCUCCGUGUUGCGGUGGUUGGCGGUGGUCCUGCUGGUGGCGCCGCCGCUGAAACACUCGCUAAAGGCGGAAUUGAAACGUUCUUAAUAGAGCGUAAAAUGGAUAACUGCAAACCCUGCGGUGGUGCUAUUCCGCUUUGUAUGGUGGGGGAAUUCGAUCUUCCUCUUGAUAUCAUCGACAGAAAAGUUACCAAGAUGAAGAUGAUUUCUCCAUCCAACGUUGCUGUAGAUAUCGGACAGACAUUAAAGCCUCACGAGUAUAUCGGUAUGGUGCGCCGCGAAGUACUCGAUGCUUACCUCCGUGGCCGUGCUGCCGACGCCGGAGCUGCCGUUCUCAAUGGCUUGUUUCUCAAAAUGGACAUGCCGAAAGCCGCGAAUGCACCUUACGUUCUUCACUACACAUCGUACGAUUCCAAAACUAACGGCGCCGGCGAGAAACGUACUCUCGAAGUUGACGCCGUUAUCGGUGCUGACGGCGCAAAUUCCCGUGUGGCGAAAUCCAUAAACGCAGGUGACUACGAGUACGCCAUCGCAUUCCAAGAACGUAUCAAAAUUUCGCACGAUAAGAUGAAGUAUUACGAGAAUCUAGCUGAAAUGUACGUCGGAGAUGACGUUUCCCCUGAUUUUUACGGUUGGGUUUUCCCCAAAUGUGACCAUGUUGCCGUUGGCACCGGCACAGUUACUCACAAAGCUGACAUUAAGAAGUUCCAGCUAGCAACAAGGCUCCGAGCCGAUUCGAAAAUCACCGGUGGGAAAAUCAUCCGUGUUGAAGCUCACCCAAUUCCCGAACACCCAAGGCCAAAAAGAUUGCAAGACAGAGUUGCCUUAGUCGGAGAUGCAGCAGGGUACGUAACCAAAUGCUCCGGCGAAGGUAUCUACUUCGCUGCGAAGAGCGGACGUAUGUGUGCGGAAGCAAUUGUUGAAGGAUCAGAAAAUGGGAAGAGAAUGAUUGAUGAGAGUGAUCUGAGGAAGUACUUGGAGAAAUGGGACAAGACAUAUUGGCCAACAUACAAGGUUCUUGAUAUAUUGCAGAAGGUAUUUUACAGGUCGAAUCCGGCGAGGGAAGCUUUUGUAGAGAUGUGCGCAGAUGAGUAUGUGCAGAAGAUGACAUUUGAUAGCUAUUUGUACAAGAAAGUGGCACCAGGGAACCCCAUUGAAGACUUGAAGCUUGCUGUGAAUACUAUUGGAAGUUUGGUGAGGGCUAAUGCACUAAGAAGGGAAAUGGACAAGCUCAGUGUAUAAGAGAGGAUGAAUUUAAUUUCAUACUACUAAUAUUUUCUAAACUUGAUUUGUAAUUCAAGUAUUUAUUAUGUCUUUAAUCGGAUUUCAUGUUACUUGUUGAA